UAUUACCAAGUCUUGCGAGUGCCAUGUGAAAAAAUAUCAAGAACUGAAAAUGUAAGGUGAAAUUAUUUUUGUCUUUCCUUUUCUGAAACGAGGAUUUUAUGAUAUAGUUUCUAUCUUUUAGGUGUUGUGGCGAUUAAGUAUUCUUUCACAAGAAAAAGAUGGAUGAGAAGAUGAGUAGCGAAGCCCCUCGCAAGCGUCUUCAGAUGUCUGGCAUUCGCUACUUGUUCACACUGCUCAGCUUCUUGGGCUUCGCCAUCCUCUACAUCAUCAGGGUCAACUUAAACGUGGCCAUCGUAGCCAUGGUCAACAGGACUGCUGUCUACAAAGAUCACAAUGACUCCAAGUCUGAAGAAUGCCCAGAAGAUCUGCCGCCUAUACUUCAAAACCAGACGUCUUCAGGAAUUCAAAAAGAUGGUGAAUUCAUCUGGUUUGUAGAGAUGCAGUCAGUAGUGAUAGGUGCUUUCUACUACGGUUAUGCCGUAUCACAAAUCCCUGGAGGACGCCUGGCCGAACUGUACAGCGCCAAGUGGGUUUUCGGUCUCGGGACAUUCAUUCCCUGCUUGCUAACUGUGCUAACUCCACUUGCAGCACGCGCCAACAUCGGAGUUCUAAUUGCUGUCCGAGCUCUGGAAGGACUUGCACAGGGAGUGACGUUGCCUGCGAUGUACUCCCUGAUGGGCCGCUGGUUUCCUGACUCGGAGAAAGCUUUCCUUUCCGCUUUGGUGCGUAUUGGCUUCGGCAUGGGCACGGUUGCAGGCAUGAAUCUCUCCGCCUAUCUUUGCGAAAACGGUCCUUUUGGUGGUUGGCCUUCUGCUUUUUACAUAGUUGGUAUAUUGGGAUGCAUUUGGUUUGCACUUUGGACGUUUUUAGUGUCGGAAUCGCCUGCAAAUCAUCCAUUCAUAACAACAAAAGAAAUUAAACUUAUCAUUUCUGAUCAAAAAACAAGACAAGAUACUAAGUUGCCUCCUAUCCCAUGGAAGAAGAUGUUGACAUCUGUUCCUUUCAUAGCUCUUCUGAUAACACAAAUCGGCGACGAUUGGUGCUUUUUUACAAUUUUAAAUGACUUGCCUACUUUUUUUGACACCAUUCUACACUUCAACAUUGAAAAGAACGGCUUCUUAUCUUCAUUUCCGAGGCUGCUUCAGAUUGCCGUAACCAUAAUCGUUGGAUUCACGUCCGACCUGUUCGUUCGUCGUAAAUACGCCAGCGUAGGAUUUAUGCGAAAAUUCUGCCAAAUGACUACAACCCUAGGCGCCGUACUAGGACUCUUGGGUGUGUGCCUAUCCGGAUGUAAUGCCAAUCUCCACAUCGCCUUCUUUACGAUUGCGAUGACGUUUUCUUCAUUCAGCGCUGGAGGCUACAUCCUCACUCCACUCGAUCUAUCUCCGGAAUACUCGGGUACUGUUGCAGGAAUAGCCAGUACCUUGUCAAAUGCGACUGGAUUUCUAGCACCGCUGGUAGUUGGUGUUUUGACAGAUGAAUCACAAACUCUUCAUCAGUGGCACAUUGUCUUCUACAUCACAAUGGGAAUAUUUCUGUCAACAGGAUUGGUUUUUCUGUUUUUUUCGUCAGCUGAAAAACAGCCCUGGUCUUUCCCUGAAACGAGCUACUAUGGUGAUUUGCAGACCAUGCCAGGAGAUGAAACUCUCAGCUCACGAAUCUUGGAAAAACCUCAUUCAUAAGUGUGAUUGCACAAUCUGCAAGAAUGUAGAAUAAUUCGCCACUGGCGCCUGGCGACUUUUAACUAUCUUUCUUGGCAAAACAGAAAAGGCAGUUUACUCCGGCGCCAUGUUUGCUCUUCAUUUAAACCUCUGUGGAUCUUUUAUUGUUAUUUAAUUAAAGUUACAUUGUAUAGAGUUUUGCACUCUGGAUUACAUUUGAUGGAGGUUUUAAACUGUUCA